AUGUUUCGACGCCAGUGGUCUAGUCUCCCUAAGGAGCCAUCGUUCCAACCGAAUUUUCAGAGUCUCGGCUACUUCAUCAACGACCAGGAUGAGAUACGGUCCAUCGAGGCACCCGAUUGUUACUUCAAGUUCUUCCUGAACCGCAAUCCGCGCAUCAAUGAACUCCAGCGUUUUGCCUUUAACCAGGCCCUAGAAGACGAGGUGCACGCCCGUUUGGAGAUGGAGGGCCUCCGAAAGGUCACGUUGCCGAUGGGAUCGACUCCGGAUCAUCGCCAUCUGCCCAUCUUUGUCAGCCAUGACCUCGGACUUAGGUCUCGCGUGGUGGUCAUCUUCGGCGAGUCGACACAAGAUCUUGGCAUUCUUGCCAGUCGUGUGGCCAAUGGUGUGGGAGGCAUCGACGAGGGCAGCAUGGUAUCCGUCGUGCGAGCCCUUCAACACCACGUCUCCUCUGACGCCGACCUUGACCCGCCGGGCAUCGUUCUCGCCAACACGGGCCAGCUGUACUGGUGGCCCGAAGGAAAGCGCGCUCUCACCACGACGGCCAGCAUGGCCGUUCCGCUGCCGAGUUUGGUGCAUCGUGGCCGUCGUCACGUGCCGGCCCUGAACAGCAUACCGGGAAACGAGGUCGCCCGCCGACAUGUCGGCUACAUGUUCGACACCGUGCUCCGACAGCUGACCGGCGCCGACGCCAAGUUCAGCGUGGUGGCCGUCGGAGACAGCUGCGAGCUCGUCACGAGGUUCCUCGACGAGGACGUGAAGUGGGAAGCCCAUGGCCGCCGGCUCAGCUCCAUGCUUCUCUUGGGGCACGUUUACCCCGAUGACGACCUCACAAACGACGAUCUCAAAAAUUUCCUCGCCAAGGCAAGUAGGGCGUACCUGACCUCCAGCCACCCGCUCGACACCCCUCUGGCCCCUCCGGCCGGCAAUGCCAAGGAGUUGAUCCCCAAUCUCGGCUGCCCCUGCUUCUCUUCAUCGGAGCCAUGCCAUACCGAGCUCAUCCUUGUUCGAGCACUUGGUCCGGCCCUCAAGUACCUGGAGCAGGCAGCCACGACCCCGGGCUUUGAAAACCCGCCCAUUGUCGUCGUCGACGUGGAAGAAGACGAGCCGGAAGCGUGCCUGUGGGAUCGAGAACCCGAAGGAGACAAGCCUCUGCUGUGGUACCCCGUUGGAUCGGGACAUGGCGAGGAAAGGGCGAAGCUCGAGGCCGAGAUGCGUCAUACCCCGGAGGCGGGCAUCUCGUCGGCUCAAACUUCGGCCGAGUUGAACUAA